AUCAGUUUUAAAAGUAACGUCAUAUGAGUUGGUAGUAAAAAUACCAAAACGUGGUAAUAACAUAAAAUAAAAACAACAACGAACGACAAUCGACAACGUCAAAACCGAAAACGUGUUCUAUUAAACGCAUCUAGACGUGUUUUUCCAACUUUAUAACUUAACCGUAUAGAGUGUUUGUUGUUUUAUAAAAAAAACAAAAAAUUUGCAUUUAAAAUUGUUGAAAAAAAAAAAUAAGAAAAACGAUAUCCUAAUUAAAACAAAGAAAAGUUUAGAAAUUUAAAAACAUUUUAUUAAAAAUUUUGAACAAAAAAAAAAAAAAAAUAACGUAAAUAAUUCGUCAAACUGAUAUAUAACUUGAAAUAACAAUUCCAAAUCAAACUUGCAACAUAAUUUAAUAAAGUUCCAAAAAAAUACAAAAAAAAUAUCAACAUUUUGUGAAUGUAACAAAAAAAUCUACGAAAAUCUCGACACAAUUUAAAGUUUAUUUACGAAAAUUAAAUAACGUUUUGUAGAAGUAAAUUUUUAUGGCUGUAAGUUUAAAUGAAAAACAAAACUUUAAACAAAAAAAGUAAAAUAAACAUUAGAACAAUUAACAUUAAAAAUAAAUAGAAAAAAUACCACUACAAAAGAAAUAACAAACAAAAAGCUCAAGGUGUACAACUAUAAAAAGAAACAAAAAACAACAACUGCAGCAACAACGAAAAAAAGUUAAAAACAACAAAUACAUUUUACUAAAAGUGUCAAUUAUACACUUCACUAGAAAUUGCUGUAAUAGUGGAUUUGUUUCUAAACAAAAACAACAACAACCAACAGUAAGAAAAACAAUAGAUCAAAUCAAUACAACCAAUAUAACAACAACAAACAACAAUAACAGCAACAACAACAGCAACAAAAAUGUUAAUAUCAACUGUGUUUAUUGUUGCAACACAUCUUAUAAAUGCUUGCUAUAGCACGCGCCUGCCAUUGGAAGUCUAUGAAUUAACACCCAGUAACAGCAACAACAACAACAACAACAACCCAGCAGGUGUCACAACACAAGAUUUAAAACAUAAAAAUCUUGAAUAUUCUACCAUUAAUUCCGCUGCAGUAGCAACAUUGUCAUCAUCAACAUCCGAUAAUUCUAACUAUUUUAAAGAACAUCAUGCCAGCUCAUCGAUUAAUGAUCCUCAUCAUCCACCUGAACAAGUCGACUUAAAGAUUUUAUCUUCGAAAGAACAUACACAAACUCAACUAUCCACCACCAAUCAUCUAUUGGAUCGUAGGAGAUCAAGGCAAAUGUUAGAUCUACUUAAAACUCAUCAUGAUUUAACAGGAAAUUACAAUAAAUUGCAUACGCUGCAAUUGCCCACAACAGCAAUGCAUGAUAUUGGCAGCAGCAGCAGUAGUAGUAGUGGUGGUGGUAUGACCCAUCAUAAUGGCAAGGAUGUACGCAUAUUAUAUCAAGUUGGUGUAAGUAUUUGAACCUUUUUAUUUUUCUUAUUAAACUUUUUAGACCAAAAAGAAAUUUGGUUUUUAUUUUAAAUUAAAGAAAUGAAUGAUCUAUAUAUUUUACUAUUAAAUUACUCUUGACAAAAGAAUGAUCUAUAGAAUAUGUAAUGAUCAGUGGAUCUUUAUGAUGUUAUAAAAGAGUCAACAGUUUUGAAAGUUUAUUUCAUUUAAGAAUUAUCGAGGAAUGAUCAGUAUAGUAUCAUUCUAUACUGAUCAUAGUCUACACAGUGGAAUAGUCUUCACUAUAGAAUGAUCUGUAUUCUUGACUAUAGAAUGAUCUGUAUUUUCGAUUAUAGAAUAAUCUAGUCAUGAGUAUAUGUAGAAUAUUUUAUAGUUUUGAUUGCAGAUCGAUUUAUAUUCAUAGCUGAUUAUUGAAUAGUCGAUAGUCUUUAUUCUAGAUCUAUAAUCUUUAUUAUAGUAUGAUCUAUAGUCAUGACAACAGAAUAAUAGUCUUUAACAUAGACAGCUUUAUAGUCAUAACUAAAAACUGAUCUAUAGUAUUGACUAUAGUCUAAUCCAAACUACUGACUAUAGAUUUGUCGAUAGUCUUAUCUGUAGAUUGAGAUAUUGUUUUAAAAACUGAAUGUAUAUAGACUUUACUAUAGAAUGAUCAAUAGUUUUGACUAUUUAAUAGUCGAUAGUCAUUAUUAUAGAAUGAUCCAUAGUCAUGACAACAGAAUGUCUUUGAAUACUUUACCGUCCUAUCACUGUCUUGACUAUAGACUGAUCUAUAGUCAUGACUCAUGACUAUAGAACAAUAUGUAGUAUUGGAUAUAGCAUUGCUUAUAGUUUUGA